GGCUUCCUCAGUUUAGGGCUCUCGGGGAAGAGUUCGAGUCGCGGCUCUGCCCCAUCCGGAUGCAACUGCCUCCUCUCCUGGGUGCCUUCUCAGCCUCGCGAAGUCUUCGGAGCCCCCAACCCCCCAACCACUGCUAUCCAAAUUUAUAAUCCUAAUAACCUGAUCUCCCGCUCCUCCCAGCCAGCCUCCGCCCUUGCUCCCCCCACCCCUUCUCUUUCGCCCAUCUCCUCCGCCACAGCUGGAGGGAAACACGGCACUAGCGAGCAGGGGUGUCAGCCUGGGGUGGCUGGGGAGAGCGAGGCGACGAUCCCUGGGAUUUUUUGGUCUGCUUUCGGCGCAGCAAAGUCCGGCCGCUUCUACCGAGCUCAGAGCCGGUUGCAUCCCCAGGCAUCUCGUUCUUCAAAUAAACACCAACGGGGGAACUCAGACGGGCACCCCUCCUCUCCCCGGCUCCCCCGCCCCAUGUCCGCUGGGGAGGCUUCCUGGUGCGGAGGCGGCAGUCGCCGCGGCGGAGGCGAUCUGUGGGUGACCGUGUCUGCGAGAGACUUUGCCACACCAUUCUGCCGGAAUUUGGAGAGAAGGAACCAGCUGCUUCCAGUUCCCUCCCCCUCCGCCACCAUUUCGGACACCCCGCAGAGACUCGUUUUGGGAUACCCUGUGACUUCCAAGGAGGACGCGAGGUCCUCUGGCCCCAGCUCGGGCGACCACCUGUCUCUGACGUGUUGACUCCUCUCCCAUGACCCUGCGGUGCCUGGAGCCCUCCGGGAAUGGCGCGGACAGGACGCGGAGCCAGUGGGGGACCGCGGGGUCGGCUGAGGAGCAGUCCCCGGAGGCGGCACGACUGGCCAAGGCCCUGCGCGAGCUCAGUCAAACAGGAUGGUACUGGGGAAGUAUGACUGUUAAUGAAGCCAAAGAGAAACUAAAAGAGACGCCCGAAGGAACUUUCUUGCUUAGAGAUAGCUCGCAUUCAGACUACCUACUAACUAUAUCUGUUAAGACGUCAGCCGGACCGACUAACUUGCGGAUUGAGUACCAAGAAGGGAAAUUCCGAUUGGAUUCCAUCAUCUGUGUCAAGUCCAAGCUUAAGCAGUUUGACAGUGUGGUUCACCUGAUUGACUACUAUGUUCAGAUGUGCAAGGGUAAGCGGACAGGCCCCGAAGCCCCUCGGAAUGGGACUGUCCACUUGUAUCUGACCAAACCUCUGUACACGUCAGCGCCAUCUCUGCAGCAUUUCUGUCGCCUCACCAUUAACAAAUGUACCGGUGCCAUCUGGGGACUGCCUUUACCAACAAGACUAAAAGAUUACUUGGAAGACUAUAAAUUCCAGGUAUAAGUAUUUCUCUCUCUCUCUCUCUCUUUUUUUUUUUUUUUUUUAAACACAUGCCUCAUAUAGACUCUCUCCGAAUGCAGCUAUGUAUAAGAGAACCCGGAGGCCCUUCUCUGGAUAAACGGCGCAGAACUCUUUCUUAAGGACAAUCGAGCUCAAUCUAAUUUAAAGGUGUGAAGAUGUAGCUAGGUAUUUUUAAAUUCCCCUAGGUAGUUUUAGCUGAGUGAUGCCUCCUUUCCUAUGGCUGAUCAAGACCAAAUGGCCCUUUAAAAUUAAAAACAAAACGUCCCAAGUAAAGGCGAGGGAGUCUUGCUACCAGAAUGACUUGCCUUUUUCGGGUUCCUAUGCACUGGGUCAAAAGUCCAAGCUCCAUAGGCGAGAAAGUCCCGUGUGAGUUUCUGAAGGAGGAAAAGACCCUGGCUGACCCAGGCUUAGCUCCACUUCUAGAUGCCUGGCAGUCAGUCUGCAUGAGAACACGGGAUGCUUUCCAUCCUGGUGUAUGCGGUAGGAGUUUUGUUAAACCGAUCAUGCUUGUAUUUACCCCUCAUUUUAUGCAAUUAACCAAACCAACCAAAAACCAGUCACUGCGAGAUCCUGUAUGUCUUUUUACUACACGUAUGAACUCUCCCGUGAAUGAGUACUGUAGUAAUCCAUUUCGAGACAGCCUUACUUACAGAAACAUUUCAAACUGGUGCAAACGGAAGAGACAUCUCUCUUUUCCUUUAAGGCUAAAGACAAGAAUGUCAUGCUACACAGGUGCAACUCAAUCCUCGAUAAUAAAACCCAAUGUAGAUAGAGACAUUUUACCCCUUGACGUAGCUGUGAGUCUUAACCUACUGCCAUUGAUUUUUGGAAAUGGCUUUAGAAGUUUCCCGAGUUGUCCUUGAAUUGUCUGACCACGGACAUCAGCAGCUGUCUCCCUUCUACCGUGUAGAAUACUGACUUACUUUUCUUCCAGAUAUAGGGGGUAACUUGCCUGUUUUUCAAAGUGUUUAUUUACUGCUGUUACUAUUCGAUUAGAAUGUAUUAACUAAUAAAGAAAAACCUCUGACUUUUA